AUGGCUCCACCAAAAUAUGGUGAUCUUAAUAAACAAGUAUCAGAUUUAUUUAAUAAAGGCUUUUUUUUUAAUUUAUUCAAACUUGAUGUUAAAACUCGUACAUCAAAUGGAAUUAAUUUUAAUGUAAUUGGUGAACAAAAUACCGAAACAGCACGAACAUUUGGUAGUCUUGAAACAAAAUAUACUGUUCCAAAAUAUGGUUUAACAUUUUUGGAAAAAUGGAAUACAGAUAAUUUACUUAAAUGUGAAAUAACAGCUGAUGAUCAAUUAGCACAAGGUUUUAAAGUUGUUUUUGAUGCUAGUCUUGUUCCACAUACAGGAAAAAAAACAGCUGAACUUCGUACAACUUAUAUACAUGAUAAAGCUCAGAUUGAAACAAAUAUUGGUUCGGAUGCUGCUGGUCCUAUACUUAAUGGAGCUAUUGUUUUGGGUUAUCAAGGUUGGUCAGCUGGAUAUCAAUAUGUUUAUAGUACAGCAAAAGCUGGAUUAACAAAAAGUAAUUUUGCUGUUGGAUAUAAAGCAAAAGAUUUUACAUUAUUUGCUAAUUUAAAUGAUGGAAAUGAAGUUGGUAGUAGUGUUUAUCAUCGUAUAAAUGAUCGACUUGAAACUGGUGUACAAUUAGCAUGGACAACAGGUACAAAUCAAACACGAUUUGCACUUGCAUCAAAAUAUCAACUUGAUUCUCAAACUGCAAUUGGUGCUAAAGUAAAUAAUAUGUGUCAAGUUGGACUUUCAUUUCAACAAAUUCUUCGUCCAGGCUUUAAAUUAACAUUAUCAGCUUUAUUUGAAGCUCGAAAUUUGAAUGCUGGUGGACAUAAAGUUGGUUUGGGAUUGGAACUUGAAAGUUAA